UUAAUAGCUUAAUUGCAAAUGAAAUAUUUCUAUUAAAAUAUUGUUACAUUAACUCUGAUUUCUCAAGUCUUGUAUCUUUUAAUGUUAACACCAUAAUUAGUGAGUUAUUAAAAAAGUGAGGAAUAAGUGAUUGCGUCGCUAAACAAAUCAUACUUUUUUAAAUCGCAAUGGAUGCCGAUCCAGUAACAACAUCUUAUUUAUCGAUCGUAAUUUAUUCUUUACUGGGGACGAUUAUCACACUAUUAAUCGCAGCGUACUAUUACAUCGAAACCUCUCGAGCAAUUCGUCUUAUAAAAAAAUUACCAAAUCCACCAUCCGUACCUAUCUUAGGUCAUUCAUUGAUAGCUCUCAAACAAUCUCCCGAAGAUUUGUUAAAAAUUGGUCUUGAAUAUUAUAAAACAUACGGGACUGUAAUAGCUGCAUAUUUAGGCCCAAAACCAAUAAUCUUUUUGGUGGAUCCACAAGAUACUGAAAUAAUUUUGAGUAGUUCUGUACAUAUCGACAAAGCUGAGGAAUAUGAAAUGUUUAAACCUUGGCUUGGAGAUGGUUUGCUGAUCACAAAAGGCAACAAAUGGCGCAGACAUAGAAAAGUGAUUGCGCCUACGUUUCAUAUGAAUAUCUUAAAGACGUUUGUACCUUUAUUUUAUGAAAAUAGCAUAGAUCUCGUAAACCGACUUCGCGAUAAAGUUGGAAAGGAAUUCGAUUGCCACGAUUAUCUAUCAGCCGUAACGGUUGACAUUUUAACAGAAACAGCAAUGGGAGUUAAGAAAGAAAAAAGACAAAAAACCGGAUAUGAAUAUGCUAUGGCCGUGAUGAAAAUGAGCGACAUUUUACAUCGAAGACAUUAUGAUGUAUCAUUACGGUGGAAUAUGUUUUUUAAAUAUUCGAAACUUGGAAAGGCCCAAGAAAAAUUGCUCGAUAUUAUUCAUACACUGACAGAACAUGUAAUCAAAGAAAAAUCAAUAGAUGUCGAAGAAAAAUAUGCAAAACAACAAUUAAAAGAAGCACAAAACGAUAAAUCAAUAGAAAAGUCGGAUAUAAUUGAAAAUGUGGAAAAUGUGAAAAACAAUACUGCUAAUUAUAAGUUGCAUUACGUAAGAGAUGAUCUUGAUGACAUCGAUGAGAAUGAUAUAGGUGACAAAAAGCGAAUUGCCUUCUUGGAAAUGAUGUUCGAGUUAAAAAAGAAUGGACAAAUGACCGAUGAGGAAAUCUGGGAAGAAGUAAAUACCAUCAUGUUUGAGGGUCAUGAUACUACGGCGGCUGGCUCGAGUUUUGCACUUUGUGUCUUAGGAAAUCAUCCAGAUAUUCAGGCUCGUGUACACGAAGAACUGGAUUCAAUUUUUGGUGAUAGUAACAGACAAUGCACUUUCCAAGAUACUUUAGAAAUGAAAUAUCUCGAAAGAGUUAUCUUGGAAACUUUGAGACUUUUCCCACCGGUACCUCUCAUUGCCAGGCACCUUAACCAGGAUGUGAAAAUAGUUACAGGAGACUAUGUUCUUCCAAAGUCUAGCACAGUAAUGAUUAUACAAUUCAUAACACAUCGCUUAGAGAAGUAUUAUCCGAAUCCGACAGUUUUUAAUCCAGACAACUUUUUACCGGAAAACAUGCAAAAAAGACAUUAUUAUGCUUAUAUUCCAUUUAGCGCUGGGCCAAGGUCUUGCGUGGGACGAAAAUACGCUAUGCUAAAACUGAAGGUUUUGCUGUCAACAAUACUGAGAAAUUACCGUAUUAUAUCUGAAACGUCAGACAAUGAUUUUCAUCUACGAGCUGACAUUAUUUUGAAAAGGCAAGAUGGAUUCAAGAUUAAAAUCGAGCCACGUAAACCAGCAUCAUGCCAAGAAUAAUUAGGAAUUAACGAUCCCACAUAUCUGCGUAAAA